AUGAACUCGGUUGCUGUAUUACCAGCAACGGCGCAACUACUCUACAACUCUCCCCCCAAGUACCCGAGGCAGCCCUACGGGGCUCCAGUCAGUCAAAUUCUUUCCAUUCAGAUUCCGGCUCCCGGCCAGGGCGGUUCGCUCUGGCGGACCCCAUGCGGCGGAGACACGCUGGCGGGCAACUACCGAAUAGGAGGGGACUACAAUGUCGACUACUCACCACAGGACUCGCAUCCGGGCGAUCAGGGCCAACAGCCUCAUGGGUACAGCUCGCAACAUCACCGACCCUCCAUCCAUCACACGGGGCCCUCGAUUCUCCAUGACAGUCCCACAGAGCCUCACUACACAACCAUGCAGCAGCAGCAGCAUCACCACCAGUCCGCACACCGGCCGCUCCCGGUCCUCAUGGACCCGGGGCAGCUGGGCGGACACCCGGGAGCGCAUCGGCAGUCCUAUCCUGGACCUUCACAUUUUGGUGGGCCCGGUCCGUCUCCGCACUCAGUAGUCGCUCCUCUCUAUCCCUCUAUGGCGCCGGGUCCAAGCCCUGGCGUCAAGCGGUCCAGGCCAGACGACCUUGAUCUUUCGGUACAUGGCAUGCCGGACCUUGAACAAGGGGACAUGGAUUCGAUGCAGCAAACCCCGCUUGGCGCCGCGUAUGCCCAAGCUGCCGGCGGGUCAUCCCACCCGACUCAUCAUCACCACCGUCUCCCGGACACAGGGCCACCAUCGAAGCUGAUGCGGCGGGACGAAAAUCUCGGGGGAGGAGCACCGAGUGUUGUGGGACAAGAGGGAAUGCCGGAACCAGCGCCGAGGCCCAGGGGACCUAAACUUAAGUUUACACCGGAGGAUGAUCAGCUGCUCAUAGAUUUGAAGGAGAACAAGAGCCUCACGUGGAAGCAAAUUGCGGACUUCUUUCCUGGGCGCUCCAGUGGCACCCUUCAGGUUCGAUACUGUACAAAACUCAAGGCAAAGACAACACAGUGGACAGACGAGACGCAAUCAGCGUCCUCUCCAGGAGUCUCUGCUCCUGAAGGGGACACAAGCGUCUAUUCUCAGCCACACGCUGAGUCUUCGAACCCUGUCUACACGCAUCAGCCCUCCCAGCCCUCGAAUACGGUCUACACGCAGCAUCUCCAGCAGUAG